UAUCAGCUGUUCGUCGUGAUCUAAACUGCGGUGCUGUAUUUUGUGUGUAAUAAAAGCACAAAUUAGCAAAAGAAAAGAACAAAUAUUUCGCGCAUCUACCUCGGAUUAAACAACCAAAGAUUAAUUUAAGCGAAUUAGACCUACAAGGUCAAACUGCUGAGUUCUGCUCUUUACAUCUGCCUGAGAGGAGAAGUGUGCGACUAGUGUAUACCAAGCGCACCAUCAAUUAUUCAGUGCAAUCACAAGUAAAUUAUAACCAUGUUUCAACGGCUCACGAACCUGCUGUUCGGAAGCGUGAAUGAAACAACUCAGGAACCGACGGUACCAAAACCAGCAUCUCCAGAAGUGGAUGAAGAGGGCUGGCUAUUGGUCAAUGCAGCUGAUGGAGAGUCAUCCUCUGAAACUGGCGAGCUGCAGUUCAAGUUAAUAGGAAGCCUGUCAAACUCUGAGAUUUGUGCUGCCAGCUUGGUUAGCGAGGCGAGCAUCACAGAACCAGAAGUCCCAGUAGCCCGAAGCAGUGGUCGAGUCUCUCAGCGACUAGUCUCUCAGGCUGGAGCUCUGGUCAAAGUCACACAGGUGGGCAGAAUACAAAGGGCACAGGCUCGUGCCAACCGCCACAGUCUCGGCCGCAACUGCAUUCAGCGGCAGAACCACAUCCGCCAGCGUCUUCCACAACACUUCUCCCGCAAACACCGCAUGGUCCUUCACCAGCCUGGCCGAUGCAACUUUAAUCAUUAAGAUGCAAUGAGUGCGCAAACGAACAACCAACAUGCAAGUACCUUGGUUCAAAGUUAAAGCUUGAUAUGAAAUAUUUGAACCAAUUUUAAUUUACAUCUAGGGUCUAAUAAAUAAAUCUUGUGGCAGCUGACAUUAUGCCUUUCUUUUACAUACUAGUGUGCUAGACUGUCAUGCAGCAAUAAAACAAAGCAAAGGACUUUUGAAUCUUUGUGUUUUCUUUUAUUGUAAUAUUAGGUCAGAAGGUCGGGACCGUGGCUCAGUGCUUAGCACUGUCAUCUCACAGCAAGAAGCUUGCUGGUUUGAGUCCCGGCUGGGCCAGCCGGCAUAUCUGUGUGGAGUUUGCAUGUUCUCCCAGUGUUCACGUGGGUUUCUUCUGGGUGCUCCGGUUUCCCCAGCAGUCCAAGGAUAUGCGGUAUAGGUGAAUUGGAUGAACUAAAUUGGCUGUAGUGUAUGAGUGCGUGUAUAAUUGUGAGAGUGUAUGGGUGUUUCCCAGUACUGGGUUGUGGGUGGAAGGGCGUCCGCUGUGUAAAAACAUAUGCCAGAAUAGCUGGUGGUUCAUUCCACUGUGGCAACCCCUGAUAAAUAACCCAGCAAGCAUUUUUUGUUGAUAAAAGAUGUCUAAAAGAUGUCUAAACAUAGUCGUCU